GGACCCCGUGAGUUUACUCAAUCAGACACAACUUGAAUACUUUGAACGCUGACUUCAGCGCGAUGGGAAAUUUUGUAGACACACCACCGGUCGAGGCAGAAGAGCCUUCUGUUGGGACUUCUUCGGAUUCAGACACGGAGCUUAGGGCUGAUGAUUACGUUAUCGAUCUGGAUGCCCCUGAAUAUCACGAAUAUCUCGUGGAGAGGAAAAAGAGUUUGAGCGAAGGAGCUCUGCUCGAUGACGUUACUUAUCUGGACUGGAAGAGAAACAACAAUGUCUUAAAUGAACAGGACAGGAAUACAGACAGCAAGCAACGAAAUAACCGUGAGAUGUUGGGAAAGCGUCUCUCAGUGCCAACGACUGGCAACGAAAUUAGAGCUGUGAGGAAGAACACAAAAGAAUACGAGAAACGAGCUGUGGAAAGCAAACAACGUAUUGAUGAUGUUAAGAAAAAGUACAAUCUGAAAAACAGAGAUUACACCGCGAGAACAUAUGUUUGGAAUGAACAUGACAAAAAGCAGGCUAAACUGGAGAAGCAACAAAGAAAACUUCUCCGACAACAAAUUCGUCUCAAAUACAAUCUACCAACACCCAAGACAAGCAGAACUACUGUCAUUGCUUCGGGAUGAAAGUGUCGAUGAAAAUUGCGGAGUUGUGAUGAAAAUUAAAUCAAUAGAUGCAGAUACAAUUGGAUGUGCACCCUCUAGGGGACGAGGCACCAGAUCAGUAUCAUAAAGUGCCAGCUCAGAGCUGUAAUACAAGUCCUAAGAUGUCAUUAAGUGAGGCGCUGUGAAUGCAAGUGAAUACGAAGACUGGUUGACCUAUGUUAGAUUUUGAUGAAGACUGAUAAUCAUAUCUUAGGUUUGAAUGAGGAACGUUGUGAUAUGUUUGAUAAUUUUUAAGGGAAGAAGGUAUUUUUAAAGACUGCAAGGUUGCGUUAAAAAUUAUUUACUAUGAGUAAUGACCUAUUUAUUUUUCAUCAGUGGAAGAAUUUGAGCAAAGAACUGAAUGGAUGUUAUUAGGUUAACAAAUGAAUUGUUUCAAUCUUUUCUCGUUUUAAGGGGAACUGUUUGUAUUAAACCUUUAAGUUUCAAAUAA